AUGUCUGGUGGAACGACAGACGCUGUCCCUUGUUUGUCGUCGGAUGAUGUGGCGGCAGCGCUUCGAGAGCAACUUGCUCGCAAUGGUGGUGUCUAUGCGCUCUUACGUACCGGAUUGGAACAGGUUUUAGCUUCGGAGCUUAAUAUUGCGGUAGGGCCUAUUGGUCGAGCGGCUAACGCUGCAACAAUCGUUGGGCGUGGUGGUGGUGCACCAAAUUAUUUGUACAGCCAUAGCAAGGGAUUCUACGGUGGCCUUGGUCUUAGUGGCGGUGUCAUUUGCACGCGCAAGUCGCUAAACGCGAGGUGCUAUGGCCCUAAUGUAACGGUGCGGCAGAUUUUAGGUGGAGAAGUAGCGUGUUCGUUAGCUUUGCCGCUUUGGAAAGGCUGGAUAAGGCGCCUGCCAUAUUUACUCGUCCGGGACAACCCGCAUGCUUGUGCAAACUGCGGAGAUUUGCUGAUCGACAGUGUUAGCGUGCACUCUGGAAGGCUUAACACGAGCCAAGUCAAAUAUGUGUGA